AUGACAUCACUUUUAACUGUGAUCAUUCUUUUUACUAUUUUUCAUUAUACGCAAAGCACUGCCUACGAUAUUACUACUUCAACAUCGAACUGGCAAUCGAUUUUGACUAAUUUAAAAGCAGGUGAUAUUGCUACAAUUCAUUAUGGUAUCUAUACAACUUCUGGCUCUGGUUAUUUUCAGCUCACAUUAAAUGGUCUACUAACAGAACCCAUUAUUAUUCAAGGUGCACUCAAUGAGCUACGUCCUGUUAUUCAAUGUACACAAGCUGGCGCUAAUUCUCAAAAUAUUAUAAACAUUCAAGGUUCAAAUUUUAUGAUAAAAGGUAUUGCAUUUACUAAAGGUUCAAGAGGUGUACGUUUAGGACCAGCAGUUACAUCAAAUGCAAUUUUUGAUAAUAUCUAUAUUUACAAUACUACCGGAACAGGAUUUUCAGCAAAUGAUGUUGGAAAUGAAUAUAGUAAUAUAACUUUAAGAAAUAGUGAAAUUACUAAUACAGCUGCAUUGAGCGCUACAACAGGUGAAUGUAUUUAUCUUGGUUGUGAGAAUGAUGUAUGUCGAAUUCGAGACUCUAUCAUUGAUCACAAUUAUUGUCAUGAUACACUUGGUUCAGUAGGAGGAUCACGAGCGGGUUUUCAAGUUAAAACUGGCUCAUUUAAUAUUAAAAUUCUCAAUAAUGUUUGCUAUGAAACAGUUGGUCCUUGUAUUGUUGUUUAUGAUGAUUAUAAUCGUGGACGAAAUUUGAUUGAUGGUAAUAUUGCAAUUAAUGCUGGUACCGAUGAUCUCGGUAUACAAUGUACUUCAGGAGCAACAGUCACCAAUAAUAUUGUCAUCAAUGCAAAUCUUGCUGGAAUUGGCGUGCUACAAAAUUCCAUUUAUCCUGCGGUUGGCUACAUUCGAAAUAUAACCAUAAGUCAUAAUACUGUUUAUAUGUCACAAGCAGAUGCAUGCCUUCGUCUAAAUGGCUUAUCAAAUAAUAAUAUAUUAAUUUCAAACAAUGUACUGUAUUGUGAAAAUCAAAAAUCAAUCAAAUCUUCUGCGAACUUAGCUGGUUAUUCGAUUCUUAAUAAUGCUGUAAAUGGUAUUGUUGACGCUGCAGGUAUUCAAUCGGGUGGAAUAUUCAUAGUUGAUAAUACUAUCUUCUUGAAUAUUAACUCAUAUAAUUUUUAUCCAGCAGUGAAAUCUGCGUUAAUCGGUACCGGUAUAACUCUUAGUGAUCAACUUGUUGUUUAUGAUUUCAAUGGGCAAUUACGAUCUACAGUAACACCAACUGUUGGUGCUUAUGAAUAUUCGACAGCAACAAAUCCUGGUUGUCAAAUAACAAAUAAUUUUAAAUGUGGUUCAGCCACAGCUGCUAUAUCGGAUUGA